CGCAAUCUGCACAACCGGCAAACAAAUCACCAACCAAAUAAUCAACAUGAAAUUCGUCAUUGUUUUCGUCGCUCUCUUUGCUCUGGCCUAUGCCGCACCAGCUGCUCCAGAAGCCGAAAUCGUUGAAUUGAGAUCCGAUGUCUUGCCAGAAAGCUACAGCUUCGCCCUGAAGACCAGCGAUGGUACCUCAAAGGAUGAAGAGGGUCAUUUGGAAAAUGUUGGUGCUGAGGAUGAGCACAUUGUUGCCCGCGGUUCAUACUCUUUCGUUGCUGAUGAUGGUCAGACCUACACCGUCACCUACAUCGCUGAUGAGAACGGUUUCCAACCACAAGGUGCUCAUUUGCCCGUUGCCCCUGUGGCUUAAGUCAUAGCUCUUUAGUUGAGUGUGAUUUUGUU